AUGUUUUCGCAAUUAACACUAAUAUUCCUUCUGUCUCUCGUUGUAAUCCACCCCCUUCAUGUCUCGGCCAAGACAUGGUGUGUGGCAAACCCAUCGGCGGCAGCUACACAACUACAAGCUAAUAUUGAUUGGGCAUGUAGUGUAGGAAACAUUGAUUGUGUAAUCAUCAAUCCUGGUGGACCUUGCUUUGAUCCAAAUACUGUUAUUAACCAUGCAUCAGUUGUGAUGAAUGAUUACUACCAGACUCACGGGAGCACUGAAGAGGCGUGUAGUUUUAGUGGUACUGGUCAAAUCGUUAGUGUUGAUCCAAGUUAUGGUGGUUGUGCGUAUACGUAG